UUUUAAAAAUUAAUUAUUUUGGAUAACAUAGAGAAUGUCCGAUGACGACGAUAUCCAGUACAUUAAGCGACAGCGCACUCUGCACUAUGGCUCGCUGGAGGAGACAGAACGCAAGCGUCAAAAUGCCGCCACAACGGCGUCCAACGCCGGCACAACGCCGGCAGCAGCAGCAGCUGCAGCCUCAACAGCGGCAACAACAACAACAACAUCAACAGCAACUGGCGCCCAAUUGGAGGACAUUGACUCGGAUGAAGAUACCUAUGAGGAGGCGAACAAAAAGUCGAACACCAGCAACACAAAAGGCGCAAUGGCGCCGCCCACAGCUGCAUCGUUAGCGAAUAAAAUUGACGAUGAUUAUUUUGAUCUGGAGUCGGAAAUGGAGCGGGACAAGGUGGCGCUGCUCGAGGAAUUCGAGCGCAAGAAGCGCGCGCGACAGAUCAACGUGUCCACCGAUGAUGCGGAGAUCAAGAGCAAUCUGCGCCAGCUGAACGAGCCCAUCUGCUUCUUUGGCGAGGGUCCGGCGGAACGAAGGCGAAGGCUGAAGGAGCUGCUCGCCAGCCUGGGCGAGAAUGCCAUCAAGCAGAAGCAAACCGAGGAGGAGGAGCGUAAGCUGCAGCAGCGCGAACAGGAGGCCACGUGGUAUCACGAGGGACCCGAAACGUUGCGUGUGGCACGUCUCUGGUUAGCAGAUUACUCUCUGCCCCGGGCACGGGAUCGCUUGGAGCGCGCGAGGGAGGCACAGGAGGUGCCGAGUGCAACGCGUGCCGGUCGCAUGGUCGAGAUGCAAAAGAAGCUACAAUCGCUGGCGCCACUCUGCUCCCAAGUGGGCGAUACGCGGCCGGUCAGCAGUGCUGCCUUCAACCACGAUUCAUCGCUGCUGAUGACCUCCUCCUGGUCGGGUCUGUGCAAGCUCUGGAGUGUGCCCGACUGCGAGCUGAAGCAGACGUUGCGCGGACAUGCCAGCUAUGUGGGUGGCGUUGCUCUCCGGCCGGGUGUCAAUCUGGACGAACAGAAUGUGGUGGCCAUGGCGUCGGGCGGCCAUGAUGGUGCCGUCAAGUUGUGGGGCUUUGGCAAUGAGGAAUCGAUUGCUGAUAUUACGGGACACAUGCCGCAUCGCGUGUCAAAGGUAUCGUUUCAUCCGUCGGGUCGUUUCCUGGCCACUGCCUGCUACGACUCAUCGUGGCGUCUAUGGGAUCUGGAGCAGAAGACGGAGGUGCUGCAUCAGGAGGGGCACGCCAAGCCGGUGCACUGCCUCAGCUAUCAGUCGGAUGGCAGUGUCCUGGUCACCGGUGGCCUGGAUGCCUUUGGACGCGUUUGGGAUCUGCGCACCGGUCGCUGCAUCAUGUUCCUCGAGGGUCACCUGGGUGCCAUUUUUGGGGCGGACUUCUCGCCGAAUGGAUUUCACAUUGCGACUGGUUCGCAGGACAAUACCUGUAAGAUUUGGGACCUGCGUCGACGUCAGCCCGUCUACACAAUUCCAGCGCACACAAAUCUCAUCUCGGACGUGAAGUAUCAGCAGGAUGGGGGCAGCUUUCUGGUCACCUGCUCGUACGAUUCGACCACCAAAAUCUGGUCGAACAAGACGUGGCAGCCACUCAAGACGCUCCAAGGCCAUGACAAUAAGGUGAUUGCUGUGGAUGUCUCGCCCAAUUCGCAGUAUAUAGCGACGACCUCCUUCGAUCGCACCUUCAAGUUGUGGGCGCCAGAUAGUUGAUCUGAUUCCCUGCAUCCUUCACAUCGGCUGCCUAUAGCCCCCCUCCCCUUCCUCGAUUUGUUGUAUUUACUAUUUACUGUUGCACAUUUUCGUUGACACACACACACAAACACAUACACUCAUACACACACACACAAACACACAACAAAAAAUAGCCCAAAACUCUUUUUUAUCCAUUUUCAUUAACAUACUUCAGUUGAUUCUAACACAAUUUGUUAUUAUUUAAUUAGGCGAUAACAAAUAAUGCAUUUCGUACAUUUAAGAAUUUUGUAUAGAAAUUGUUAAUAAAGCAAAAAACAACUUUUUGGUACAAACUCAAA